AUGCGCUGGUCCCACGCCAAACCCAUCGCCAAAUACCUGUGCUCGUUCCUCAAAGAAUUCACCAAACGCACCACCCAUCCACCCAAGACCACCGGCGUCGCCGAGCAGGACCCGCGCAUCCUCCUGGUAGUUCUUCCGCCGGAACUCAAUCUCAACCAACCGCCCAGCAGGCCCAGACUCACCACCCCCACCGCACUGCCCCUCUCAGGGCCGGCAGUGCUCUCGAGCGACCUGCGCCAGACCCACUCCUCAACCAGCUCGGGCUCCUUCUCGCUCUCGUCGCUGUCCUCGGACCUCAAGCGCCCGCUCACCCUCCUCUUGAGCACAUUUUCUCCCAUCACUGCUCUGGAACCAGACCUUCCAGGUACUACCACCAAUGCAUCAUUUUAA